AUGAUAUCAACGUCCGUUCCAAUCGAAUUACGCAGCUAUGGCCCUUGCCGGUAUUUGGAAGCUUGGGUGGGAUAUUCCAUGUACCAAAUGCUACAGACUUCGGCAUUUAUGAGUGGCAUGUCUAUUUUAAUAACAUUCUUUUUCAAAUAUGAAGUGGUUCGAUGUAUUGAACUUCCUCGUUGUCGGAUAAUUGUUAUUGUGCUGGCGUUUCAUAUUCCGAUAUUUAUCUCAAUGAUAAUGGAAGUCAUUAUGAUAAUUACUCAGUCCCUGCCAGAUGAUGUCCGACAAUGUUACAAACUUCUUAACACAAAUGUGGAGGAGUUCUCAGUAAUUGGAGCGUUGAGCUUGAAAACAUUACCAAGUAUAAUCAAUUUUGCACUCAUAUCAGGAUCAGUUGUACUUGCUCCGUUUGUUUGUUUCUUUUACAAAAACAAAAUCUUACUUCGAAUAAACUCCCAGCUCAACCAACAUUCCAAACAACGAAAAACUCUUAUCCAAGUAUUUGUAAAGGGACUCACUAUCCAAGCGUUCCUACCACUUAUCUUCUACGUCCCCGUAUUUGCACUUUAUUUCUAUUGCAUUCUCACGCAUGCCGAAAUCCUGUUCCAACAAUACUUCAUGACAGUUGUCCCUUCAUUACCAGCGCUUUUCGACCCUUUCGUCACGUUAUAUUUCGUGACGCCAUACCGACGACGAUUGAAAAUCUGGAUGAGAAUAGAGAAGGCAUCAAAAAUUAUGCCUGUCAUCACGUCACAAGUCUACUAA